AUGACCCCCACAACAUCAUGGCCCUCCCUCCUCCUCAGUUUCACCCUCCUCUUCUCCCCCCUGGCAACCUCAAUCCCCAUCCCAGUCCCAGCCAAGGACUCCAAUUGCAACAACCUGAACCCUAGUUCGAGUCCCGAAACAGGGCUCCAGCCUCGAUCUCCGAUCCCUGACCCUCGCAUGAUCCCAAACCAAACAGACGGCGUUGCAAGAAUCCUGGCCGGACUAGGCCUACAGAAGUUGGCCAGUCUCAACAAGCUGGAUCCGGAGGACGACGCCGAGAAACAGAAGCAGGAGCAGGAGCAGGCGGAAAAAGAGCAAGAUGCUGCUCCGAUUGAUGACAGCCAGAGCAAUACCCCGACUGUGACGGCUCACGACAACAAGCCUACCGGUAGUCAGCCUGUCAAUAGCCAGACUACCCAGACUACCCAGUCUAGCCAGCCCAGCCGGACGGAGCCGGUGCACGGAAACAACACACAGGCACCGGAGAGCGCGAAGCCGAAGGACAGUGGGAAGGCGAAGGACCUGAACACGUUGGAUCCAGCGACCAACACCGACGAUUACCUGCAAAGUCUAUUUGAGAGACUGAGGGCCAAGAUUCGUGAGGCAUUCAACAGCAGUGAUGAGGUUACGCUGCAUUAG